UCACGUGGUGUCUGGCAGAGCUCCUCCCACCGCUCGCGCUCUGACUCGCAGCCGUUGCCUAGGAGCGCCGGAGAGCGCAGUCAUGUUCCCCAAAGGGAAAAGCGCGGCGGUGCCGUCGGACGGACAAGCUCGGGAAAAGUUGGCGUUAUAUGUCUAUGAGUACCUGUUACACGUUGGAGCUCAGAAAUCAGCACAGACCUUCUUAUCAGAGAUCAGAUGGGAAAAGAACAUAACGCUUGGGGAACCUCCAGGCUUUCUCCACUCGUGGUGGUGUGUGUUUUGGGACCUCUAUUGUGCUGCGCCAGAAAGACGGGACAACUGCGAACACUCCAGUGAAGCCAAGGCUUUCCAUGACUACAGUGCAGCCGCUGCUCCGAGCCCUGUCCUGGGCAACCUGCCACCCGGAGAUGGCAUGCCAGGUGGGCCUAUGCCCCCCGGAUUCUUCCAGGGUCCGACUGGCUCACAGGCUUCUCCUCACUCACAGCCUCCACCUAACGCUAACAUGAUGGGAGGUCACGGACAGCCGUUUAUGUCCCCGCGUUACGCAGGAGGACCUCGACCGCCCAUCAGGAUGAGUAACCAGCCUCCAGGAGGACAGCCUUUACCUCCGAACGUAAUAGACCCCACACGGCCUCCAGGCCAUCCGAACCUGGGACCCAUGCAGAGGAUGAACAUGCCCCGAGGGAUGGCACCGCUGGGACCCGGACCACAGUCUGAUCCAUGGUUAUCAUUGCAGAACUACGGCGGUGGGAUGAGACCUCCGAACUCUAUGGGUCCCAACAUCCCAGGAGUUAACAUGGGUCCAGGAACCGGGAGACCGUGGCCUAAUCCUAAUAACACCAACACGAUCCCGUAUUCUUCUUCAUCUCCGGGCACAUACGUGGGUCCACCAGGAGGCGCAGGAGGAGGCUGUCCACCAGGAACUCCCAUCAUGCCAAGUCCAGCAGAUUCGACUAAUUCUGGUGAGAAUCUGUACACAAUGAUAAACUCAGUGCCACCAGGAGGAAACAGGUCCAGCUUCCCGUUAGGUCCAGACGGCCCCAUGGGAGGGAUGGAGCCUCACCACAUGAACGGCUCGUUAGGCUCAGGUGAUAUAGACGGUCUUCCUAAGAAUUCUCCGAAUAAUCUGAGCAGUCUGAGUAACCCACCCGGCACGCCGAGGGACGACAGCGAUUUAGGAGGGAACUUCCUGCACACUUUCCAAAACGAGAACUAUUCCCCAACGAUGACCAUGAGCGUGUGAUCUGCGUCAGAGCGUCAGCGCGUCAGCGCUCGCGGCGGCUCAACGACACACCGAGAAAAUCUGCACACAACCAGAGAGUGACUUCAGUCUCACACCAGUGAGACGUCCAUCAGAAAACCAGUCCUGGAUGUCCAGCGUGACGUGUCCAACAUCGUCUUUACGACCCGCUCGUCCCAGCUGAGCGCUUCUCUUUUCUACAGUCAUGUUUUUGCCUUCAGUUUUUUUUUUUUUUUUUUUUAAUCAUUAUUAUUAUUUUCAUCAUCUUUUAUUGGAAAGUCCGAAGAUGUAUUCGUCAUGGUGCUGGAUCUCUCUGGACGCCAUUUUAGGACCAGCGUAGUGGACAAAAUAAACCCAAAAAACUGAAAUUAAAUGAGAGAACUCCACAGAAUUGUAUCCGUAACAUUCCCGCAGACCGGUUUCAGCUGCGUCUUCAUAGACGGCGUCUACACUCACAGCUGCGUCGGCUCUUUUCUACUCCACGUAAAUGUAAAAUAAAGCCGAUUAUUUCCACACGGGACGGCCACAGAACGAUCGCAAAAUGUAUUUCUUCCAUUAUUUAAGGUUUUUUUGCCAACUUUUCCCACACACACACACACACACACACAUACAGCACACUCCCUGUAAUCAUUCUUUAAACUUUACGUCGUUUUGUGUUUUCGAUUUUUAUAGCCAUUAUUUUCGACUUUUAGAGACCUUUCCUGUUCGGUAUGUGAUUGGCUCGACUAUUUAUUUUGCAGACAAUCCCAGCGCGUAAUGACGAAGAUUAGGGAUCGACAUUUUUACAAUUUUUACUUUUUCUGACGCUUGCUAACGAGUUAUCUAACGUGCACGUUGGACUAUAAUCGCCCAUCCUUAAUUAGGUCUCGUCUCAGAUUCAUCAGAUUUUUUUCUCUGUAUUCAGGAUAUAAUCUGAAACGACUUGCCGUGAUUUUGUAACUCAAGCACAAAGCAGGGUUUGGCCUCCAUUAGCGCACUGAUAAACAUGUUUAGCUGUGCUUUUUCCUGUCCGUGUUUAAAAAAAAAAAGCUUUUCCACUUUAACCCUUUCCUGCCACUCCAUUACAAAACCAGGAAAAAAAAUCCUACAUUCUGUGAGUUACAAUGACGGUGUGGAGACGGUGCACUGCAGAAAAUCAGGGCAAGCCGCCAUAAUUAAAUUUUGACUAGUAAGAAUUAAAAUUUUCGACUAGUAAAAGGUUCAGGUACACAUAUCCAUAUCAGCUUUUAACUAGCAGGAAUGUAAUUACAGAUAUCUUGACUUCCAUUUUUACUAGCAAACUUUCACAAUCAAGUUGUGUAAUUUUCAAAGUACAGUUGUAGAUAUCUGUAAUAAGAUUUUCUAUUAGUAAAAACGGAAUAGUGGAUAUGAGAGACAGGAAGUCAGUGCAAGUCAGGGGUGAUUUAUGAACACUCAAAACUGGAUUAUCUUCAGAUCUCUUCAGUAUGAAUUUGGCCUAGUUUAAAAAAAAAACUACAAUUCUGACUAUUAAAAAUUAAAUCUCAGAUAUCUUAAACUGAAGUUCUUUAUUAGUAAAAGUUCAUUUACAUCCUACCAUUAAAAGCUAAAACGGCUUGCCAUAACAAGUGAAAAUUCCUGUAACAUAGUCUAAUUUAGCUACUAUUUCCUUUCAUAAGGAAUUAUUAUUUUGAUUAAAGCUAUUUCUAGACAUUUUUACUCAUUUCAAGCUUGUCUUGUUCUAUUGGCACAUCGUUUUUCUAAUUUUAAGCAUUAAGUAUUUCUGAAAAGAUGUGAAAUAAUCUGCUAAUAAAAUAAGAAAAUUGCUUGAAACAUAAAAGCUUAAAAAAAAACAAACAGGCAAAUUAAUAUUAUAUUUGAUUUAUAAUAAUUGCGUCAUAAGAAAUAUUAGAUAAGUUGGGGAAGAAAAGUUAGAAAAGUUUUCCCUUUGCUAAGAUAUCGUUUUUUGCAUCACUGGUUGUGAAAAGUUUUCAAGCGAAUAAAUUUAUUCUCAUCACAUUCCAAACAACUCGUUUAUAAAUCUGUAUAUAUCUUUAAAAACAAAUCCUCAAUUUGUACGAAUUCUCCAUUCACAUCCGAACAAAAUGUAUGUGUGCAUGCGAGCUUCGUUUAAUAUCCGUAACCAGAAGCUCAUUAGCGGAACGAUAUUUACACAAAUAAGAAGAAGUGUUCCGUUUCUUUCUUUGUGUUUUUUUACAAAAGGAAUAAAACACUCAGGUUGUGCUGUUACAGGAAAAUAAUCAACAAUACGGAGUUACUGUUACAACGUCCCCCGAACCAGCACAUGCCAACGUGUUUUAUUCCUCUUAUACCACAGCGAUUACAAUUAUUUAUUUAUUAAAGAACAUCACAAUACUUUUUAUCCAUUUAUAGGUAGAUAUUUAAUGUUGUGAAACGUCCGAGAAACAGGUUCUCACUCACGUUAUAGCGGCUAUGAACAGUCUCUCCCUCACCAGCCUCUCUCUCUUUUUCCCCUCGCUCUACAAGUUAAUAAGACAAAAGGAAAAGAAAAAAAAAAAAAAACCACACAGCUGCCGAGAAACCGUGAAAAGCGUAACUUUGUAAAUCAUAAUGUCUGAAAACUAAGUUACAGCUUUACCUCUGACACUGGAGACUCCUUCCAAAAGUGUUCAAUAAAGUGUUCAAUAAACGUCAUCAACGAUUACACACACGUUUAUUCGUAAAGUUGUUACUGUAGAAAUGAUAACGUAUUAGGAUGAGUGCGUUAAUAUAAACCUGGGAUUUGCAGAGCUGCUGUUACAGAGAAUGAAUCAACAGAAUCAAGAAUAAAAUAAAAUCAUGAAUCAGGACGUUCCACUCGGGCAGGAAGGGGUUUAAAGUUGUUUUUAUUACUCUCUUCUCAGGAGACUGGACGUUUUUCCUCCACUGCCGAACUGAUCUCACUGCUUUCUCUCACCUUGUUUAAAAAGGACACCAGGCGAUGACACCUUUAAAUCAGAUAUAUUUUGAUAACUUUGUUAAAAAGUCUUUUCUGAAACCGUUUUACUGCUGAACGUCUCGGAUAUCCGUUCUGGACACACACACACAUAUAUAUAUAUAUAUAUACACACACACACACACACACACACACACACACACGUGCGUUUUGCUGUAUAAUAUUUUUCUGCUCUAAUGUUUAUUGUUUACAUUGUUCCUCAGAAAGCAAAGCUAUACAGAAAUUAUGACUGAUUAAAUUAUUUUGCUGUCCAUGAAACUGAUAAUGAAUGCAAAACUUCUUUCUGCCUCUUCUCAAAAUAAACGUGUAUAAACAGA